CUUGCACUUCUUUGUGUGUUACCAUUUUUCAUUGCACCGAUGCCCAGAUUCCAGAGAAGUAAUUUUAAGUAGAUUUCGCAGCGACAUCUGUCCGUCACUCAGGAAUUAUUUCCCCAGUUACAUCACUCACUGCCACCGACAGUACACUCGUCGACGGUGUCGUGGCCUCUCCUCCGCCUCGUAGUUCUGCGGUGGCUGCUGCUGACUUUGCCUCUAGAGUCUUAACUCUUUCAUUUUUUAGUCGCUGCUUGAGACUGGUGAGCCAACCUCCAUUUCUCCUCUCUUAUCUGUCAAUCAUAAAUACAGACCAUCUUUUCUGUAACGCCAGCAAUAGCGACCACCGAGACCGCCAAAUCAGUUUUGCCCUGCUGCUUCCCGAUCCACAGUCAGGUAGAUACAUGGCUUUUGAUUAUUUUCGUCUCUUAUCUUGUUGGGUCUGGGUUCUUGUUAGAAAUUUCGUCAGGGAUUCUCGUUUGAUCAUUCUGUUGCUUGUUCUGGGUCUCCAAUUUCCAGGUGGAGUUACAGUUUCUAGCUUGGAAUAUACUCGACCAAUAUGAGUUCUGAGAAUGUUAAAGAGGAUUGCCUUGCAUGGGCAGCCAGAGAUCCUUCUGGAGUUCUAUCCCCCUACAAGUUCAGCCGCAGGUCAAUCAGGGAGGAUGAUGUUUCCCUCAGAAUAACUCACUGUGGAGUAUGCUAUGCGGAUGUCGUCUGGACCAGGAAUAAACACCAUGAUUCUAAGUAUCCAUUGGUGCCUGGGCACGAAAUCGUUGGAAUUGUAGAAGAGGUUGGUCCCAAUGUGAGCCAAGUUAAACCUGGUGACCAUGUUGGAGUAGGCACUUUUGUUAACUCUUGCAGGGAGUGUGACUAUUGCAUUGACAGAGACGAAGUCAACUGUGUUAAAGGAUCUGUAUUCACCUUUAAUGGUGUUGAUUCUGAUGGGACAAUCACCAAAGGAGGGUAUUCUAGCUACAUUGUUGUGCACCAAAGAUACUGCUACAGAAUACCUGAAGGCUAUCCUUUAGAAUAUGCUGCUCCUUUGCUUUGUGCUGGAAUUACUGUUUACAAUCCCAUGAUUCGUCAUAAAAUGAAUCAGCCGGGUAAAUCCUUGGGAGUUAUUGGUCUUGGUGGUCUUGGGCACAUGGCAGUAAAGUUUGGGAAGGCUUUUGGGCUGAAUGUGACGAUUUUCAGCACAAGCGAAUCGAAGAAAGAGGAAGCUUUGAGCGUGCUUGGUGCGGACAAGUUUGUUGUCUCCUCGGAUGGGGAGCAGAUGAAGGCAUUGUAUAAAUCUCUGGAUUUCAUCAUCGACACUGCAUCUGGUGAUCACCCAUUUGAUCCGUACAUGUCUACUCUGAAGACUGGGGGUGUUCUUGUCCUUGUGGGCUUCCCAAGUGAAGUGAAAUUUAGUCCAGCAAGCCUCCUACUCGGUUCAAGAACAGUUGCUGGUAGUGUAACUGGUGGAACAAGGGUGACACAGGAGAUGCUGGAGUUCUGUGCUGCACAUAAAAUCUACCCCAAAACAGAGGUGAUUCCAAUCCAGUAUGUCAACGAAGCGCUCGAGAGGCUGAUAAACAGAGACGUGAAGUACCGGUUUGUGAUCGAUAUCGAGAACUCGUUGAAGUGAUGAUCAUGAAGUAGAGGAAAGAUGAAUAGAAAUAAACAGAAGGAAUAAUAAGGGCCAGACCCAGAUAGAUUUUACUCUGUGCAGUGUGGUAAAGUCGAGUCUUUUAUGGGAGAAUAAGGCAAAAUACACUUGUAUAGCCAUAACUUUUACGUUUGUGACAAUAAUAGCCAAUUUUGAAGAAAUACACAAAAUAGCCAGAAUUUUAAAUGAUUGAUGACAAAUCUAGCCACUUCCGUCAAAAACUUUAACGACGUUAGUAACUCCGUUAGUAACGUUAACUUGAUGUUGAUGUGGAUGCCACCUCGACUCACACAUCAGCUCCAACAAGACACAUCAUGCCACCUAGAUGCCACAUCAUAAUAAAAAAAUAUUUUUUGAGAUUUUAGAAUAAUAAUUUAUUUUAUUCUUAUGAUUCUUAUAUUCUCACACACAUUUUCCUCCACCAUAACAAGAUUAUUCCUGAUAACCUCCGCCACCAGAACCUUCGACCACCACGCCGCCCUUUCCCUUUGAUUCCCCACCGAACUCCUCUUCCCCAUGGAUCCAAAAAAAAUUCCAUUUUCUCUCCCAAAUUUUUAUCAGUCGCUGCAACGAAGGGAACUAACCAUCUCCAAUCUGUUCCCUUCACCGGAGACCAUCUUUGCCCAGCAUUCAAAGAAGCGGCGCACGAAGCAGCAGUGGUAGGGGGAGCCGGCGGGAGACUCAAACAAUCGCUCCCCUGUUGGUGGAGCUUGAACAAGUCUCGCUGAGUCCCUUGAACUGAGCUCAGUGCGACGAAACUAAAACAUGGUCGUAUCCCUUACCCAACUCCACCGGCGGCUGUGAAGACCAAGAUUGAGUAAGCACAAAACUGAUAACUUGAUCUCCAGACCAAAUCGAGAAUGCUCAGGGGAUCACAGCCGCUUUACUCCAGGACGACACAGAAGAAAUAGUGGUCGGAGGAAGAGAAUUAGGCUCUCCUCUUUGAUCAAAGCCUGUUGCGGGCGAGAUAGAUCUAAUUUGGGAGAGAAAAAAGGGGGGAAAUUGGAUCUGACUCAGAACUCAACAAAACUCGUAUUUUGGAGACAGGUACUUAUAAGCUGAAUAUGUGGGAAGAAGAUGGAAGGCGGAAAGGGUGGGAGGCGACGACGAAGAUGGAUCUGUGGGAAGUUAGGGAUUUGGUGGGUUUUGACUAAGUUAGAUUUUUGGUCGAAGAAGAAGGAUAUGGAGGAUGGUUGAAGAAGAGGGUUUGACAUUGUCGAGUCGGAGAAAGAAGAUGAAAUUGCAUUUCUGUUGUAACUCAUACGGGAGCGGUGGCUGGGGGAAGAAGGGUGACGAAUGGCGGUGGCCUUGUUUUGACCGGUGGAGGGGUUCGCGAAUCGCGAGAAGGGGAAAGAGAGGAGUGAUAAAAUAAAAUAAAAAGGGUUUAAUUUUUAAUUUUAUUUUUCGUGUUGAAAUAAUUCCAAGUCAGCAAAGUCGUCUAUCCAGUCAGCUUUUUCGUUAGUCUAGUCAGACUGUUAAAUGACACCGUUAAAGUAUUGGACGGAAAUGGCUAUAAGUGGUAUUUCUCCAAAUUUGGCUAUUAUUGUCAUAAACGCUAAAGUUAUGGCUAUACAAGUGUAUUUUGCCAAAGAAUAACUAUCAGAUCCAACCCCCCUGCACCCUCCUUGUUUCGGUACAGAUUUAUCUAUCAGAUCUGAUGUAUGAAGAGGAGGGCGAGGAGAAACACUCGCGCGCUGUUAACGAUAGUCGCGAGCUCCACGUUACACUCCAGUUUCUACUUCCAUGGGGAAGGAUCUCUCGCGAAGAAAAGUGACUUUGAAGGCAAAGAAGCAUAUCCAGGUGUUCAGCGACAAGCGUGCAGGGUAGAUCGUAGAUAACAAUGCCCUAUUCGUGAUCAGGAACACAUAAGAUUAAUGAAUUUGAAGACUCUAU